AUUACAGCCUUGAAAGUGAUAUUAAAAAUUAACUGAUAAGGAACUUGUGAAAUAAUUGAAGAACAACUCGGGUCUUCAUUUCAUUAGGUCUUCAUGAGAUUACACGCAGCAGAAUCAAAAAGGUUUAUUUAGACAGAUGAAAUUGAUGAUAAAUAAUAUGCAUCUAGAUUGAUAAUAGUUCUGUACAAAUAUUAGAGUCAAGGGCAAAGAGUGGAGUGAGAUGCGUUUCUGCUCGGACCCCACACUCCACAAUUGUGCUUCACACGCACCAGUUUCCCGUCACUCUAGCUCUUCGACAAAUAUUUUAACGUUUGACUCACACUAAUUUUAAUCAUGGCAGACGACAUAAGAGCUCUUGUGACCCUUGAUGAACUUUCAAAGGUGGUUCGGCAGAUUCACAAAGGAUCGGAAGAAGUGGAGAUUUUGGCGUACGACGUGGAAAAAGGUACAACCAGCGUGCAGGGAUUUUUAUCAAAUAUUCUGCGGGUCACGAUCCAUUUAAAGGUUGGUGGUGAAAAAUCGACUUUGAAAAUUGUCAUUAAACGGAAGCCAUUGCUGGAGAGCCAAUUGUCCAUGGUGGACGAAUUGGAGGUGUUCGAACACGAAAUUGGCAUUUUCCAUCACUGCGCGCCUAUUUUACGCCAACGGUGCCCCGAUUUGCCCGCGGUCAACUGCUACUUAACGGAUUCCGAGAAUGAGAUAAUUUACAUGGAAGACCUUAAGGAGCAAAAUUACGUCGCUCUCAUUCGCUGCAUUGCGGAUCUGAAGGAAAACAUCCUCACUAAGGAGCACGUGGUUCUUGUAAUGAAAACCCUGGCUAAAUUUCACAGCGCCUCCGUCGGCAUAGAUUGGCUCAAAAAAUUUCCAAAACUAUUUGACGAAGAUGUCAUGUUUGAGAAAAGUGACGGCACUUUGAUGAAGAAAUUUGUUCGUCAGUCGGCCGAGAAGUCGCUCAUACCCAUCACCGAGCACCACUUCAAGGGAGACGAGUAUUUCCUCAAAAGUUCAAAAUGGUUCGCCACAGAGGAUUUUUACCAAACGCUGAUCGCCGUUUGCAAACCCGACCCGAGAGGAUUUAACGUCCUUUGCCACGGUGACAGCUGGGCGAAUAACAUGAUGUUUAAAUUAGAUCCAUCCACCGGAGCACCACUGAAAAUAAAACUGAUCGAUUUUCAGCUGUCCAGAUACACGCGCGCCAGUCGGGAUCUGAUGUAUUUCAUUUACAUGUGCCUUAAUGCAGGCGUGCGGAAGGAAAUUGAACACGAAAUCCUGGAGAUUUACUGGAAUGAAUUUGAAAAGGAGUGUUACGAGAAAGGAAUAGAGAUGUUGGAUUUUACGUACGAAGAUUUCUUGGCCGAUUACGAGGAGAACAAGAUUUUCGGACUUAUGAUGGCGGCGGUGAUGCGCCCAACCAUUUAUGUGAAAGGCACGUUCCCUGACGAAAAUGAAGAGCUCUCUGAUGAUCACAUUAACACUAUGAUGGACGGAGGAAGUGAGACGGUCGACACCCUAAACGAGUUUAAAAGCAAUCCAGAAUUCAGAGAAGAAAUGAUUAGUAUCAUAGAAGAUAUUGCUAAAGUGUAUCACAAAAGAUUUUAA